UGUAACCAAGGAGGCCUGAUGGCGGUUUGCGGCCUAAAGUGAGGCCUGGAGUAGGAGCCUCCAGGUUUAUUGUCGAUGGAAUGAACCGGUUCAUGGGCUUCCGAACCGAGCAGGAGGAGACAUGGUGAAACUACGAGCUAAAUGUGUGCUCGCAGGUGACUCCACUGUUGGGAAGAGUGCACUGGUGCAUGCGUUUCGCAGUGAAAGUGCUCACUUUCUGAAAAAUUAUACCCUGACAACUGGAGUGGAGGUCUUUGUUAAUUCGGUUCCCAUCCCAGACACUUCUGACUGUGUGGAACUCUUCUUAUUUGAUUCUUCAGGAAAAGAAAUCUUCUACGAUAUGGUGGAAAGCCAGUGGGAGCUUGUGGCUGCUGUUUGUCUUGUGUACGACAUCACCAGUGAGGCGUCCUUCAACAGUUGCACAAAGUGGCUGGAAAGGGCCCGAGCACAGGCUCCCAGUGGCCAGCUGGCAGGAGUUCUUGUGGGCAAUAAGACUGACUUAGCAGGUAGGCGUGCUGUAGAGUACAGCCAGGCUCUGGAAUGGGCAGCGGGCCAGGGCAUGGAGUACUUUGAGACCUCUGCGAAAGAGAUGGAGAACUGUGAUGCUCCCUUUCAGAGUCUUGCCAAAGCGUUUCACUGCAUGUACGAAGAGAAACUAGAACAUAUCCAAUCCAUCAUCUGACCCUUUUUCCCCCCCCACAGGCAGGCCUUGCAGAGGCUUGACAUUAUACCUAAAAAAUCCCUCCUCUUCUCCCCCCCCCCCCCCCCCCCCCCCCCCCCCCGCCCAACAGUUUCAUAUGUGAAGGCAUAGCAUUUGUUGCCCACCCCAGAGUGCAGCAUUCUGUGUUUUCUGUUUCUCCCAUGACGCAUCCUGGCCUGAGCCUCUGCCUCUUUAAAACUGUCUCUUUCCAUGUGUUUGUCUGUCUGUUUUGCUUCUAAUCUCUGCACAGUAACUCCCCCCUGGGUAAGAGAGAGGUGAAAUUAGCCUGGCUUCAUAAUAUCUCUGUCUCUGCCCCUCACACUCUCUCUCAUGCCCUCUCUCUCUGUACACACGCUGUAUGUCAAACAGACGAUCCCUCUGGAAGAGGUGCUGUGUGAUUCACUGCAGCACUGGAUACAAGGUGCUGCAUUUUAAGCAGCAGUUAGGGACCUGUAAAAGCUUCAAGCUUCACUUCAGAUAGGAACUGUUGGGGUGGAGUUUGUGAAGAGGUGUGUGGGGUUCUUGUUACCACUGGGGAAUGGUUUCCUGUAAAGUAACUGAGCUGAUGUGACUGCUAUUCCACCUGCAUACCUUGGUCAAUACAUAUGUUUAGGUUGGCAGGCAACAAGCUUCUGAUUCCUGAGAUUCUGACUCAGAGUGGAGGGAGAGGCCCAUUUCCAUUAGAUGUUCCUUUGUUAUUAGUUUUCAAGCUCCCGACUUGGUUUUAUGGAGUAUUUUUACUUUUACAGAACAGUUUUUAUUAAAAAAAAAUCCACUGCACGACACUUGCUGCACUGUAAGAUUUCUUUAUUUUUUGUAAACAACACAAUUUCUGUUUUAGAAAAGCAUUUUGAUAACCACCUCACAACAUCAAGGUAUGUUUUUAAGCCAAUAAACUGCUUUGACAUUUGCUCAGGGAUAUAUAUUGGACAAGAUGCUGGGAAGAUCUCCCCAACUCCUCUUUGAAAUGGUGCUGUGGGGAUCUUGUACAUUCUGCUGUUGACCAGAUUCAGUGUUCUCUGAAGCUAAUGGGGAAUGCUGCACUGACAAAGUGAGGGUUAAAACAUCCCCGCAGUAAGCUGCUGGACAUUGUUGUAUUUAAUGACUGCAGCCAUGCUCGGAGAGGUUAGUUUAGAUUGUGUGGAAUGUAAGACUCUGGGCUUUGGUUCUUAGAGUGCGGAAUGCACAUUCUGUCCAACUAGAGUCUGGCUAAAGCUGCAAUGACUGGUGAAAGCAGUAAAGAGAGUAGCAGCCAGUUGGAGCACACUGCUCUUCCAGCAAGCUAAAUAAUUACAACUUUAGGGAAAUUAAAACAUAGCUGGACCCCUUUCUGUCAGGAUACUUUAUCGAUCAUGUUGAUGUGCAGAUUAAGAUAUUUAAAAUCAAUAGUGUUGAGUGGAAAUCUUGCCAGUCUAAACAUAGGACUGCGCACUGGGAAUCAGACCUGUCACUCAUGUCAAAGUAAAGAAGCUCAUUCCUGUACAACCCGCUGUUCUGUUUUAUUAUCUAGUUUUGAGAUUACACCAAAAUUUCAUCUCUUGUAAGUGAUGAGGCAGCUGGGUUUAAAAAAAAAUCAAUUCCCAUAUACUAGCAUUGGACACAGUCCAGAGAAAUGUUGAUCCCAGGUAAGGAGGGCUCUUCUUAUGAGGAAAGGUUGAAGAGGUUGGGCCUGUACGCAGUUUAGGAGAGUGAGAGAUGAUUUCAUGGAAAUAUUUAAGAUUCAAAGAAGAUUUAACAGGGUAGAUGUGGGGAGGUUGUUUGCCUUUGAGGGAGAGUCUAAGGCUGGAGAGCUUUCAGAGAAAAGGACUACAGAUUUAAGACAAAUAUGAGGAAUUUCUUCUCUGAGACGGUAGGAAACUUGUGGAAUUCUUUACCACAGAGGGCUUUUGAGGCUGAGUCAUUAAGUAUAUUCAAGGCUGAGACAGAUUUUUAGUUAGGGUUCCUGUUCCUGAUCACUGUCCAGUGAUCCCUGCUGAGUGGUCCAUAUGGGAGUAACAGGAUCAGGUUCAGCUGUGAAAGCUAUCAGAAAUGAAUGACUUACUGUGCUGUUUAGACUCUCCCGUGACGAAUAGGAAAUAUGAGCAGCAGUAGGCUAUUUGGACCCUUUCACUCUUCAAUAUUUAAUUAGAUCAUGGCUCAUUGACCUCAGUGCUGUUUUCCUGCAUGAUCCCAUUUCCCUUGCUUUCUUUAAUAUUUAGAAAUCUGUUGACCUCAAUAUUGAACGUUCUCAAGGGCUAAGUCAGCACAGUCCUCUGAAGUAGGGAAUUCCAACAGUGCACUCCCCUCUAUGUGAAUACAUGAAGAAAUUUCUCCUCAUUAUUCUGAGACUUUGUUUCUUGGUUCUCAAUUCCAACACCUGGGGUAAACAUCCCAUAUCAAUCCCAACAAGCCCCAUCUUAAAAAAGUGUUUUGAAGAGAUCAGCUCACAUUCUUCUACAUCCUAGAGAAUUUGGGGUGAGUCUCCCCAAUUUCUCUUCAUGGGGAAGUCAGCUGUUCUAGGAAUCAGAGAGGUGGACCUCCAUUGCGCUUCCUCUAUGUCAGGUAUAUCCCUCCUCAUAACAAUAGUCAGAAGCUUGACAUCAUCCAGGACAAAACAGCCAUGAGAUUGGCACCACAUCCACUCCGUCCAUCACCAAAGCUCAGUAGCAGCGCUGUGUACUACCUACAAGAUCUUCAUGCAGCACCUGCCAAACCCAUGACCCCACUUCCAUCGAGGAGCACAAGGGCAGCAGAUACAUGGGAACACCACCUCCUGCAAAUUCUCUGCCAAGCCACUCACAAUCCUGACUUGGAAAUAUAUCAGUAUUCCCUUUCUGUCGCUGGGUCAAAGUCUUGGAAUUCCCUCCCUAAGGGCACUGUGAGUCGCCCUACAGCAGGUGGACCCUCAGUGAGUCAUGAAGCUCCCCACCACCUUCUCAAAGGGCAACUAGGGACAAGGUAAUAAAUACUGGACCUGCCUGCAUCUCACAAGUGAAUGAGGAAAAAAGAAAGGAAAUUUAAAACUGUACACAUGAUGUGGGCUAUGAUCUCACCAAGAUGCUAUACAAUUGCAGCCAGAUGCUUUAUUCCUGUACUUGAAUUCUCUUGCAAUAAAGAUCAACAUACAAUAUGAGCCUUUCCAAUUAUCUGUUGUACCUGCAUUUAAAAAAAAGUACUCCUGGGAUGUGGGUGUGGCUGGCUAGCCCAUCUGAAAUUGCCCAGAGGACAAUUCAGAGUCAGCCACAUUGCUGUGGGUCUGGAGUCACGUGUAGGCCAGACCAGGUAAGGAUGGCAGUUUCCUUCCCUGAAGGGCAUUAGUGAACCAGAUGGGUUUUUUCUAACAAUCAACAAUGGAUUCAUGGUCAUGAGAUGUUAGAUUUUUAUUGAAUUCAAAUUCCACCUUCACCUGGUCCCCACUAUGUUGUAAAUUUAUGGAUUAAUAAUCCAGCAAUAAUACCACUGGGCCGUUGCCUCCCCAACAUUAUGCUAUGUUUAUAUAACAAGAUGUUAACUUUCAGUGACUCAUUAGCAAGGACGAAAAUAAAUAGAAUAAAAUAUAAUUAAAAUAAACAGCAAAUACUCACCCAGCGUUCUACUAAGCUUUGCCAUCAAGAAACCUUACAAAUUAUGCCAGUGUGAAAUGAGUGACAAAAACACUUUGUACUGAUCGAUUACCGAUUUUUUUCUGCUACUCCACACUUUGAUUUUUCUCAGAAUGGUCAGUUUGGAUGAUUUACUAUCUCAACUUAUGGCCUUCCCCUUCUCUCUCUCUCUCUCUCUCUCUUUGGUGCUGCUGACUGUGUUUGGUUCCUCCCUUUGAGUGUGUGGAAGAUUAACCAGCAAUGGCUGUGCUAACCUGGGCUCAUGAGGGACUGCACAGUCAAUUGGACACAACCUGCAGUGCAUUGAAAUCUUUUCCUGUAAUGUACGAUGUGUGGAUACUGUGCAAAAAGAAUGAUUUGGUACAUUGGGACAUGCAAACUAGGUACAGUAAAGCAACUAUUGGCGGUGGGGGGGGGAACCAAAAGAAUGAAACUUGGCAGAAUCUAGCAGUAUCUGUGGAAUGAAAGCAGAGUCAAAUUUCUGGGCCUGGUAACCCUCCUUCAGAAAUUUAGCUGGGGGGUGGGGGCAUGUUGGUAACCUACUUCUAAGUCGGCUCAGCCUUGAGGGAUGGGAACACGUGUGCAGCGUAUUGGAUUUGAAGUUUUGAAUAGACUGUACUCUGAGCACUCUGUAAUUUGCUGCGUGGUAAUCACUGUUCGUGGGUAAACGGUUGAUGAAAGCUGGCAGAUUCAACCUUUCAAAACAAAAAAAUUCUUUCCAACUUUGCAAAACAAUUAAAAAUGCAUAUAAAGCACUGGGACUUAUAUAAACAUGUACAUUUAUAUUUUGUUCAUUCACAAGACGUGGAAAUCAAUGGCCCAGUUUUUAUUGCCCGUUGU